AUGCAACAACAGAGAAUUCAUACUGUAGAGAAACCUUAUGCAUGUAUUGAAUGUGGGAAGGCCUUCUGUAAGAGGACACAACUUACUCAACAUUUCAGAAUACAUACAGGAGAAAAACCUUAUGAAUGUAGUGAAUGUGGGAAGACUUUUCGACAGAGUGCACACCUUACUCGCCAUCAGAGAAUUCAUACUGGAGAGAAACCCUAUGCAUGUAAUCUGUGUGGGAAGGCCUUCAACCACAGCUCUUCCCUUGCUUCCCAUCAGAGAAUUCAUACUGGAGAGAAACCCUAUGGAUGUGAUCUAUGUGGAAAGGCCUUCAACCACAGCUCUUCCCUUGCUUCCCAUCAGAGAAUUCAUACAGGAGAAAAACCAUAUGAGUGUAACGAAUGUGGGAAGGCCUUCCGCCAGAGCACGGAACUUACUAGACAUCAAAAAAUUCAUACUGGGGAAAAACAUGAAUGCACUGAAUUUCAUCCCUUGCUUCUCAUCAUAGAACUCAUACUGGAGAAAAACCUUAUGGGUGUAUUGAAUGUGGAAAAGCCUUUGGUAAAAGGACCCAGCUUAUUCAACAUUGGAGAAUUCACACUGGCUUUCUGUCAAAGCACUGAGCUCACUCAACAUCAUAGAAUCCAUACUAGUGAGAAACCUUUUGAGUGUCAUGAAUGUGGUAUGGCCUUUCGCUUGAGUACUGGACUUACUCGCCAUCAAAAAAUCCAUACUGGAGAGAAACCUUAUGAGUGCAGUGAAUGUGGGAAGGCCUUCUGCCAAAGAGCAGAACUUACUGUACAUCAUAGAAUUCAUACAGGAGAGAAACCUUAUGUGUGUAAUGAAUGUGGAAUGGCCUUUCGACAGAGCUCACAACUGACUCCCCAUCUCAGAAUUCAUACUGGAGAGAAACCUUAUAAAUGUAAUGAAUGUGGAAAGGCCUUCAAUCGCAAUUCGUCUCUCGUUUCCCAUCACAGAAUUCAUACUGGAGAGAAACCUUAUGAAUGUAAUAAAUGUGGGAAGGCUUUCCGCCGAAGUACAGGACUUACUCGACAUCAAAGACUUCAUAUUGGAGAUAAAUCUUAUGAAUGUAAUGAUUAAGGGAAGGCUUUCCUCUAAAACAAAAAUCUUAACAUCAGUUCAUUAGUGAAGUGAAAAGUCUUCUGAAUGUUUUGACCUUUUUUUAAAAUUAUAAAUGUAAUACUGACUACAUUUUGACACAGGACAUUUCCCAACAGAC